CAACAUUCUCUAACAUCCCCAGAAAUAUCAUAUAUCGUAUCAUCCUUAAUAUAAGCUUUAUUUUGUGUCAAUUUUGCACUGUUUAAUUUCUACAAAUAUCAAAGAUCCCCCUUCCUCUUUUAGUCAAACCAUAUUUCAUAUUUGCACCAAAUUUUUUUUACCAAGAUUUGUAAGAUCACAAUUCACAAGCCCCAGAGAAGAAAAGGGAAAAUAAAUCCUUGAAAGUUUCAUUUUUGACAAAUACAGUUGAAGCAAAAUUGAAUUAGGUAAUAGUUAUCCUUCAAGGACAUAGGGAGGGCUAUAUAAACCUUUCUUCUGAUGUUGGUGUGAAAGUGGCUUUGUGAAAAAGGACAAAGGCUUGUUCAGCGAUCAUAACAUUGAAGAUUUUGUAUUCACACGUAUGAAGAGGGAUAAUAAUAUUGGUGGUGUCUCGAUUGAAAUGGAGCAGGGUGGAGACAGAGUUGGACAUGUUAACAAGGUUAUUGGUUAUGGGAUAAGGGUCAUUGUUAAGAAGAGGAAACCUUACCAUCAUCAUCAUCGUAGGAUUCAUAAUAAGAAGACAGUGCCUAAUAAAGUCCCAAAGGCACUUCAGGAGCUAUUUGUUUCAUGCAGGGAAACAUUCAAGGGUCCUGGUGGUACUGUUCCCUCACCACAAGAUGUUCAGAAACUGUGUCACAUUCUUGAUAGCAUGAAGCCAGAAGAUGUAGGGCUAAGAUCAGAUCUGCAGUUCUUCAAGCCUGAAAAUAUUGUCAAAGAGAACCAAAGGGUCACGUGCACAACCAUAUAUAGUUGUGAGAAUUUCUCGCUCUGCCUCUUUUUCCUACCUGCAAAGGGAGUCAUUCCCCUCCACAACCACCCAGAAAUGACUGUUUUCAGUAAACUUCUUUUGGGUCAAAUGCAUAUUAAGUCCUACGAUUGGGUUGAUUCUGAGGUCUCUCAUAAUUUGUUGCACCAACCAUCUCAGUUCAGAUUGGCAAGGUUAAAAGCUAAUAAUGUGUUCACAGCACCCUGCGACACUUCAGUUCUGUAUCCACAAAGUGGAGGCAACAUCCAUGAAUUCACAGCUAUAACUCCAUGUGCUGUGCUUGAUGUCCUUGGGCCACCUUAUUCCAAAGAUGAUGGCAGGGAUUGCUCUUUCUAUAGAGAUCACCCUUAUACUGCUUUUCCAACUGCAGAUGGAGAAAGUGGUAAGGUGAAAGAAGAGAAUGAUAGUUACGGAUGGUUAGAAGAAAUUGAGAUGCCAGAAAACUCUCAAAUGGAUGGAAUUGAGUAUUUGGGUCCUCCAAUUAUAGAGACUGCCCUAUAGAUAAGAUCAACAUUUGACACAUAUUCCGUAGCAUGUCCUCUUAGCUGUUCUUAUUGUGCAUACCACAGGCAUAUAUAAAGAAAUUUUCCACCUCUCUCAAUGUGUUGGUUUUUGUUCUCUAGCUAGCGCUUAAAUUUUACUAUGUUUAAAAUAAAGCUCUAAUACCAUUAUUUUACUGUUAGUUGUUACAUUUUGGAUGUUGUACAACCAAAUUUACAUUAUAUAUAUGAGGCUGAUUCUAAAGGAAAGAAAAA